GACGCAAUAAUUUACUUACGGAUCGUGUCCAAUUUACGUCGUCGUUUCAUAUCAACGAGUGGACAACGCGUUCGAUACACGAGAUUCACGAGUUGAAAGAAAUUCAGACUUACUUUUUCGUUUACCAAUUAUUUGAAGUUCCAUCUGUUGCGAAAAAUUUUCUCAGAAUUUGCUGGAAUCAAGCAUCGGAAUCUCCAAAAAGAGCUUAAAUUUUCAGGUUUCAGCUUCUAAUCUGAAUCUGUCUGCAGAUCUCGUUUCUGGGUAACUUUGGUGGUUAGCAUAUCAGCAAUCACAAUGCAUUAUGGACAAAUGAUUUUUCUGGGAGUCACUUCCUCUGUCGUUCUUACUGCAGUUCUUUCAUUAUGGCUGCUUGUCCAACAUCUUUCCAACUGGAAAAAACCAACGGAGCAAAAGGCCAUUGUUAUUAUAAUUCUUAUGGCUCCUUUAUAUGCUGGUAUCUCCUACAUUGGUCUGUUAGAAUUUAUGGCAAGCAGUACUUUCUUUUUGUUCUUGGAAUCAAUUAAGGAAUGUUAUGAGGCUUUGGUGAUAUCUAAGUUCUUGAGUUUACUCUACAGCUACUUGAAUAUAUCCAUAAGCAAAAACAUAGUGCCCGAUGAAAUCAAAGGUAGAGAAAUCCACCAUACUUUCCCGAUGACUCUUUUUCAGCCUCACAGUGCUCGAUUGAAUCAUCACACGCUAAAGCUUCUCAAGUACUGGACCUAUCAAUUUGUAGUGAUACGUCCUGUAUGUUCAAUCUUGAUGAUUGUUCUUGAACUUAUUGAUGUAUAUCCAAGCUGGCUCAGUUGGACAUUUACUAUCAUAUUAAAUGUCUCGGUGACACUUGCUCUGUAUGCUCUGGUGGUUUUCUAUCAUGUAUUUGAUAAGGAGUUGAAACCACAUAGCCCUCUUGCCAAGUUCUUGUGCAUCAAAGGGAUUGUCUUUUUCUGCUUCUGGCAGGGAAUCGUUCUUGAGAUGCUUGCUGCAGUGGGCAUAAUCAAAUCGAAACAUGUCUGGUUCGAUGUGGAGCACAUAAAUGAAGCCUUACAAAAUAUUCUAGUUUGUGUGGAGAUGGUUUUCUUUGCGAUGGUCCAGAUAUCUGCAUACAGUGCUAGUCCCUAUAAAGCUCAGUCUGCAGCAAAAUCUAAACUGGAGAAGAAGAAACAGUGAGUUAUCACUUGCGAAUACGCAUCAAUACAGAUGAUUACCACGUUAAAAUCGGAUAAUAAAUCAGCUAUAAUGGUAGGUCUCAAACUUUCAUGGAUGCAUUCUGUUCUUCAGCAUCGAUUUCAUGUGAUAUAUUGAGUGGUCUUUGGAAACUCUGUUUUGGCUAGUAGGACUUCGCAAGUGAUAUAUUAUUGUGCUGUACCUUUGUUGAUAAAGUCGAGCUAUCGGUAUAAAAACUUCAUUACUAGUUUAUUCUUCUUUAUUUUA